UGGUCUGCAUAUUGCUUGGAGAAGGUUAUUCAAUGAUUAAAACCUGUUUUUCCAACAUGAAGUUGCUGUUGCUUCUGCUGCUCUGCAUUUCAUGUGUAAAAUGCGAGUCAGAUUACGAUGAAUUUGACAAGGUUGAUGAAACUGGAAAGGACACUGAACCCUCAGUAGAUGCUCGGGGACACCGGCCGUUGGUAAAAGGAAGAGAAGGGCCAAUUGUAUCGCAACCAGCACCUCCUCCAAUCAGCGGCGGCAGCACCUACAGGGCCCGACCCACCACUCCCCCCCGAUCCGCACAGAUAACCCAGAAAAACAUCCAGCCUGAUGAGGGGGGCUGCACUCAUCUCGGGGAAGUCAUGGGUGUACUGUGUCCAAAUGGAUGUGAACUGAAGAAUUCACUUUUGAAGCAAGAAAGAAAUGUGAAAGGAACAUUGGCCUCACUGAGAAGUGAGGUGUCCGCUCUUUCCCAAAACUCUGACCACAUCUAUCAAUAUGUGAGCAGUAUGUCAAAUGUCAUUGGUGAGCGACAACGGCAAACCCUAGAUAACGGCAUUGUAGUGGGUGAAUACACCACUGAAUUGGAGGAACAGCAUGCCUAUCUGAAAGAAAACUUAGAUACAACCAUUCCGUCAAGCGUCCGUCUGCUUCGCGGGGUCCUGGACAACCUGCGCACUAAAAUACAGAAGCUGGAGGAGGCCAUUACUAAACAGAAAGUGUACUGUGCAAGCCCCUGCACCACAUCCUGCAACAUCCCAGUGGUGUCUGGAAAAGAAUGUGAAGACAUAUUCAGAAAGGGUGGUGAUUCAUCAGAGAUGUACCUGAUCCAGCCUGAUUCCUUCUUUAAACCCUACAAAGUAUACUGUGACAUGACAGGCCAAGGAGGAGGAUGGACAUUGAUUCAGACCAGGCAGGAUGGCAGCGUUGACUUCGGCAGAAGAUGGGACAGCUACAGGAACGGGUUUGGAAAUAUUGCACUGGAUAAUGGCAAAGGUUUCUGCAAUGCCCCAGGGGAGUACUGGCUCGGAAACGAUAAGAUCAGCCAACUUACAAAAAUGGGACCAACUGAGCUUCUAAUCGAGAUGGAAGACUGGAAUGGAAACAAGGUACAUGCUCACUACGGCCAGUUCACGCUGCAGAACGAAGCCACCAAGUACACACUGGCGGUCGGUAACUAUAAAGGCAAUGCUGGCAACUGCCUUCUGGAAGGAGCUCAGCAGCUAUAUGGGGAAAACAGGACUAUGACCAUCCACAACGGCAUGAUGUUCAGCACGUAUGACAGAGACAAUGACAGAUGGGCACCCGGAGAUCCAGGCAAGCAGUGCUCCAGAGAAGACGGUGGUGGAUGGUGGUAUAACCGCUGUCACUCAUCGAAUCUCAAUGGCCGGUACUACUGGGGAGGACCGUAUACUAAAACAAUGGCCAAACAUGGAACAGAUGACGGACUUGUGUGGAUGAAUUGGAAGGGAUCCUGGUAUUCCCUGAAGGCAGUCCGUAUGAUGAUCAGACCGUUCUUCUCGGGCUGAGAGUAGCUAGCAUGCCACUGGGGUAACAAACAAACAAAACACGAAAACAAUUCAACACAUUUAUGAACAGCUGUGUUCUGUUUCUUUCUUAAUUACUUAAAUGAACAAACGUGGGUUUUCAAAAACAAGCUAUUUUAAAGGGAUUGUUUAUUUCAUUCACUUGUUAAUAAUAAAAUCAAGAAUGAUUUGUGUUGGUACUUUCCUUUUGGGCUAACUUCAUAUUGCAGGAACAGGCUCACAGGAGGAAAUGUAAUUGAGAAUGACACAAAAGAGGUGAAAAAUAUGAGAUGAUCCUUGCAAAAGUACCAUAGUAAAGUGUGAUAAAGCAUAAUGAAAGCAUGGUAAAGCAUAGAUAAGCCCAAAGAGGUAUGGUAAAGCAUAUUACAAAACAUGGCAAACCAUGGAAAAUGCAUCAUAUAAACAUGGAAAAACUGCAAAAUGACCAUGCACAUUUACCAUGCUAAACUUUAUAAGGGGAGGUAUAAACAAUCUUUUUAAUAAUUUGGUAUUUAUUUCUUUUUUUUUUCAAUACAGCAUAACUUUGAGUUCAUAUAAUGCCCAGCAAGUAUCGUUAUCUAUAAAAUAAUUUCAAAAUCAAUAAAAAAAAACUUUUACAAGUUGGUUGUAAAGAAGUACAUUUAUUUUUAAAGAAAAUAAACAUAUUUCAAGCAUAAGAAAAAUAAAACAACAGACAUUAAACCAAGUCUGUUCUACAGCGAUCAGUGAUUGGUGCAGUUAUCCCACUAUGUCACAAAAGAUGUUUUAAUAAAAAGAAAAUGAAUUCCCAAA